CGGGAUUACGCCGUGAAUGUAGCUACGGUGGGGUUUUCCACAUAUUUGCAAAAAAAUAUCAUGUUGGAGAUGCUUGAGUAUAGUCACUAUCAGGUACAAUCCCAUCUCGAAAAUCCCACCAAGUACCAAAGGCAGCAGGUGAGACAGUAUCUGUCCACCACCCUGGGAGGUAAAACUGGCGGCCAGUGCCCCAGCCAGAUCCCCGAACACGGCAUGCCGUCCGGGCCUGGCAGCAGUGCCCCCAACAGUCCCAUGGCUCAUCUCACCCUCACCUCUAACUGUGAGAAAGAGGUACGCGUAACAAAGAUGGAUGAUGUUAUUGAUGAUAUCAUUAGCAUGGAGUCAAGUUACAAUGAAGAUGUUCUUGGAUUUAUGGAUCAAGGACUCCAAAUAAACACCACACUACCUGUGUCUGGUAAUCUUCUUGACGUAUACGGCAACCAAGGAAUUCCACUCCCAGGCCUGGCCAUCAGCAACUCAUGCCCACCAAACAUCAAAAGGGAAUACACAGCUCCUGGCAUGAAGCAAGUGCUGGGCAAACCUGGAUCCUGUGGCCGGUAUGAAAACUAUCAAAGAUCAGAUGGCUUUCCAGUAGAGGCAGAGGUUCGUGCUCUGGCAAAAGAACGGCAGAAAAAGGACAAUCACAACUUAAUUGAACGAAGACGAAGAUUCAAUAUCAACGAUCGUAUAAAAGAACUUGGAACCUUAAUACCAAAGUCAAAUGAUCUAGAUAUGCGCUGGAAUAAGGGCACCAUUCUAAAAGCCUCAGUGGACUAUAUAAGGAAACUACAGCGGGAGCAGCAGAGGACCAAAGAGCUUGAGUGCAGACAGCGGAAGCUGGAACAUACAAAUCGUCACCUGAUGCUCCGUAUCCAGGAGUUGGAGAUCCAGGCUCGUGCUCACGGUCUCACGAUAGUAUCAUCGCCAUCGGUCUGCACAUCAGAGAUGAUGGGCCGAGUCAUUAAACAGGAACCUAUCCUUGAUGACUGCAAUUCGGAGCUCUAUCAUCACAGCUCGGCUCCUGACAUGUCCCCUCCAACCACAUUGGACCUCAACAACGGCACCAUUACCUUUGAUCCGAUUCCCUCUGAUAAUGGGGAUCCUGGCCCAUACGGAAACCCCAGGACCUGUAAAAUGAAGGAAUUGGUUAGGGAUAAUACACUGUCACCAAUUUCCCCAAGCGACCCGUUACUAUCUUCACUGUCUCCAGAUGGUUCAGUUAAUAUCCACCACAGUCCUAGUAUGGAUGAAAAAGAGUGUUAGUUUAGCCUUAAGCUCACUGACUUUAUGUUUGUAGCAUCUCAGCAAUGAGACGCACAUUAUCAUUAACUAUUUAAAUUAUCUUUUUCGAUUGUAAAUACUGUUGUACCAUUUAGUGCAAUAAUAGCACACAGGUUUAACACUGCUGCCAUACAGCACCAGGUUUAAGUUGCAAUCGGUUUAAAAGCCACCUUUCUGUGGCUGUGUGGGUACUCUCCGUGGACUCUGCCUUCCUAGAAGACUCAUGAUUAUCCAUUGCUAUGAAUGGUUCUCUAUGUGUCAGUCCUGCAAUUCAAUGAUGAUGAGUCCAGUGUAUACCCUGCCUCUUACACUAAGGGUGAUUAACACUGGUACCCUCUGGUUUGUUUCCCCACUUGGUGCAGUUCAGUUGGAUAGGUGUGAAGACAACAAACAAACUUUGGUGCGGACCAAAUAUACUGGUUGGAGAGCUCCUCCAAGUGGUGGUUUUGGACUGAACGAUUCGCAAGUGAUGUGAAAGCCAUGCGAACCAUGCUCAACCACUUAGCAUUGCAUUUUAACCCGAAAUGUCCGACUCCUCUUUGUAAACUGUGAUGCAGCAUUUGCGCAACAACGUUUGCAACAAGGGAGGAAGCAAGGUCUUAUUGAUAUGUUCCCACCACACUCGAAAAUCAUAAUGGGGUUGUAACUACAGGUCGCAUAUACUAUAAACAGAUUAGACGGUUAAUUUAAUGGACACGUUAAGGUUUACCAAUUAGGACCCACAUAUAUGCUGUCUUGUUUUGGUUUAGAUGCUGUCUUGUUUUGUUUAGAUGCCCGAUAGCACAAACAAGGUUAAUGUGUUUGAGUUGUGCUUUUUUAAAAGUGCAUUCUGCUAUUUG